AGUAAACAGACAAGCAGCAGAGCAGCAGAAGCACUCUCAAACACUGGGUGCAAAAAGUAUAUGAGCUGUGCAAGUGCCGACGCUGACAGCAGCAACAAAGACACGAAAGAGCGACAAGGAGAAGGCAUCGCUAAGGAGCUGCUGCCCACGCUGACGUCGGCUUGCGUCUGGCUCUGACGGAGCUCUGCUCUGGUCCUAUCCUCCUUUCGGCACCGAGUCCCUCAGUUAAUUUCUGACCACAGCGGGAACGAGUUCGGUUCGCUUCACUUCGGUCAGAUCUGAUCUGAGUUACUCUUCCCCGAUCUGUAACGGAUUCCGAUUCGGUGAUGUGCCGUGACGCGACGUGCCAAUGCACCAUAUACGGAAUGUGAGAUCUGUUUCCACUUCCGGAAUGAACUAUGAAUUCCACGAAUGCUUAGCAAGGGGAUUCCAGUGUUUGGACGGAGGCCUGGUGCCACACAGGUGACUGUGGAAAGUGUGUGAGAAAGACACCCAAUCAGCGACAAAAACUAAUAAAAUAAACAACAUAAAAGAAAUUAAAGAAAGAUCAUAAAAUCGGUUGAUUAAAAACCAAAAACACAUGGAUUAAACAAAUAUUUAGAAGUGAAAAGUUAAUUGCGAAUGAGCUUCGUUGAGCUAUGAAGUUAAUUGCAUUCGAGAUUCAUUGAAAAAGUGCAUAAAUUAACACAGAAACUGCAUUUAAUUAAGCUGAAAACCAACAAAAGAAAACGCAUGGGAAAGUGCAGUCGGUAAACAGUUAGACAACAACAAAAAACAGUAAAACAUUUAUUUUAAUACAAAGAAUGGGAAAUGCAACAAUUGAAAUGAAAAGUGCAGUGGACAAAGGCAACGAUACCAAAGCGUUGAUAAAUUGAUUUACAAAACAAUUGCCGCAGCAGCUAUAACAGCAACAAAAUCAAACAAAAUUUAUAGUGCAACAAACGGAUUUCACAUCAACAGUUGCUGCCACAUAAGCAGCCACAACAGCAGCAGCAACAAGGGCGGCAAAAAUGCCAGCAUCAAGUGGAUUAUAUCGCAACAAGAGUGGAUGUGUCCUUGACAGGAUGCAAAAACCUGCGGCACUUAUUUUUAUUGCAUGCAUUGCGGCAUUUGGCAUUUGCGACCGCACAGCAGCAGCUACCGCAAUGGAUGGGACAGGAACCGAGGCAGAAGCCGCUUCCACAAUGGCGCCGCAGAGCACAGCGGCGGCAGCCAGAAGUGGACAUAGCAUAAAGCCAUCACAAAGGCAUAUAAAUCAAAAUUUAAUUAUGUCACCGGCCUCGGCCGCAGCCCUUACGGCCCCCCAGCCACCGUACUCGGGGUCAGACUAUGAGGGGGAGGCAGAUCCCGAGCCUGUGCCCGUGCCGGAGGCCUACGCCCAGGGACCGGGAGCCAGUGGGAGCAGUAUAACAAGUUUCGAUUCGACCAACUUGAUCGAUGACAAGCGCCAGAGCCAGGACCCACACGCGAAUCCCGAGCAGCAGCAGCACCUACAGCCGCACCCACAGCAGCACUCACGCAUACAGGCCAAAGACACGGCCGGUCCAUAUCCAAUACCAAUGGCCGGGCACAGAUCGGAGCCGGUGGAGAACCAUCUGGAGGCAGCGCACGGAAUCGAUGGUGUGGAAAGUGUGUUCGGUACGCCAAUGUACUUCGGCACCGAGAACUCGACGGUGGUGACGACGCAGAUUGGCGCCACCGCCCACGUGCCCUGCACCGUGCACCACAUUGGGGAGGGCGUGGUAUCGUGGAUACGCAAAAAGGAUUAUCAUCUACUUACGGUUGGCUUAACAACGUACAGCAGCGAUGAGCGCUUCAGUGCCACGCACUUGAAGCAUUCCGAGGAUUGGACAUUGCAAAUCAAAUUCGUGCAGCUACGUGAUGCAGGCGUCUACGAGUGCCAGGUGUCCACUCAUCCGCCCACAUCGAUAUUCCUGCACCUGAGUGUCGUCGAAGCACGCGCCGAGAUCUCUGGGCCCCCGAUACGAUAUCUAACGCCGGGCUCCACGCUGCGGCUGCAGUGCCGCGUGGUGCAGAACACAGAGGCCUCCGAGUAUAUAUUCUGGUAUCACGAUAACCGCAUGAUUAACUACGACAUUGAUCGGGGCAUUAACGUGUCCACCGAGCCAGACUUUCAAUCAUCGGAGCUUACCAUCCAGCGGACACGGCGCGAACAUUCGGGCAACUUCACAUGCGUGGCCAGCAACACGCAGCCGGCCAGUGUCCUGGUGCACAUCUUCAAAGGCGACAAUCCGGCGGCCAUGUAUCACGGACAUGUGGGCGGCUCCACGAAGACAAUGCAAUCUCAGCUGCAUAUGAUUAUGAUAAUCAUUUCCACCGGCUAUCGGAUAUUCCACACGAGUGUGUAUAUGAAGAUCUCGUAAGAGGCAUCGACAUCCCCAAAGGAAGAGCAGCCCGGACAGGCAGAUGCAAAGGCAAAUGCAAAUGCAAAGGCAAUGGCAGCUGCCCAAAAUAAUGCAUUUGCAACUAAGUGGAAUCUUAGCCCUAAUCUUACACUAGUUAAUUCUUUCUCUCUCUCUCAUACGAUAUCCAUGGAGGCCAAGACCACAUCCGAGCAUACGUACUAUUGUCCCAGAAUCAAACCCUUAGCUAUACAGAAACAAAAUCAAGCUUAAGAACUCUAUAACUCUCUAUAUACAUACAUACUCGUAUAUACAUGAUGCCAAGCCAUCAAUCAACCCCUUUCUAUGUUCAUGUGUGUGUGUGUGUAUUUUCUGAAUGUCAAUGUGUUAGUGUAAGUUUAAGUGACAGACUCCACACUUAUCAACAGAAGACAAGUCGCCCAAGAAGCGAUCCCACGACGGAGGAGUGCUCCCAUCCAUAGCAGACAGACGAACAGAGAUAGACAGAGAUAGAGCGACAAAACUUGCAGCAUGCAACAUAUAUAAAAAAUAAAACAGGAAAAACUUUGCAAAACUAUCAACUCCAUGCAUAUACAUACAUAUUUGAGAGGGAAAGAGUGUUCAUGAAAAAAAUCCAGAGUUUUAGGCAUUCGCUCUGGCAAACAGAAAAAGUUGUCAGAUCAUUUUUUCAUACAUAUUUCAUAAAAAUGUAUUAUUAUUUUUUUGAGUAAGCCCUUAAAUUCUUCGCCUAAAUGUCUGCAAAAAUAUCUUCGACUAGGGCGAACCUCUUAAGUCCAAGGCAAAACAAUACUUUUUUUGAGUAGUGCAAAGGCACAAUGAGCUUUUAUCUAAUAUUCGUAUAUGUGUACUAAUCUCUGAACCAGAUACUCAUAAACUGCUGAUCAAGUGGUUGAAGUAGAGUAUCUAGCAGACCAUAGAUGGAGUCACUUCCAGAUCCAAUGAGAAGAACUGACCGAACUGUAGUGAGGACCCCCACACAGUGUGCAUUAUCCUUCCGUUUGACGUAAGGCCCCUUUUUGGGUUAAGAACUCUGUUUCAGCCACUGCAGUCACAGGCAGCCUCAAGUUCCAUCAUUUGGUAGUAGAUGAUUUAUUGGGGGAAAUGUACAGAGAACCAGAGAACCACUCAACUGAUUAGAACGGAUUUUACUUGCGGAAUUUGAUUUAACUCGGAGAAGGAAGGCUAAGCGAGAAGAGUACAGAGUUAAGCUGUAAAUAAAUUAUUUGGUAAAAGUUAUGCAAAAUUAGAAAACUGUUACCAUUAAGUGUGUGUGUGCAUGCAACAUUAAAAAAAAGAUAGGGAAACGAAUGAGAGUAGAUGGGCGACGGAAUAUGUUGGACAAAAGUUGUUAAUCAAAAGAGAAAUAACCAAAAAUGAGAACGAGAAAACAUGAAUCGCGUAAUCAAAAUAAACUACAAGUAAUUGUCUAAAUUAACGCAGAUAUUCACUAAAGUAACUUUUAAUUAGUGGACAAAACUUUUAACAGUCUUAGAGAUGUGCAAUACGAGUACGAUGACGAGUACUAUGAAGAGUACGACCUAACUAAAGAGCGAACGGAGUUCGAUCAAAAUCGAAUCCAAUGCGCGGUUGCUUCUGCAGCUGCAGCUGCGGAAACUCCAUUGAAUAUGUGGAUGUGUAAAUAGUUGAGCAGCUGCAGAAAUGAGAAAUUCUAGCCACUAAGUCUGUGUAGUUAAAUGUAACGUAAAUUACCUAAAAAACAAAAAAUAAAUUAAAAAACACUAAAACCAAAAGAAACGAACAAAUAAAACAUAAUACAAUUAU